AUGCCGUGGACAGUUACCAAUUCAUUUAAGAGAGGACUUAUGAAAACUUACGGACGACCAACAUGGCGCGUCUAUGACGAUGAGCGCGCCGCGAAGAAAAGACGCGUGGAUGAGUCUGAUGAAGCUGAGGCCAACCUACAAUAUGCCAUCCGCGAGUCUUCAGCCGCCGUGCUGUCGAGUCCGUCGCGUCGCAACUCCCUGUUAUCGGAAGGCACGCUCGAUGAUAUUGACGAUCUCACCACACCCCCAUCCUCGCCACCUCCACGGUUAACUCCACCCCCAGCAAAUACCCGCAAACCGACAUUUGCCUUUCUCAAGCGCAAGCACAAGGAAAUCACCGCCGGAUCGCCCUUGACAGAGGUUAAUUCGAAUAGCGUACGCGCAUCCGCGGACCCACCCAAGCAGAAAGGUCAGAAACAACCCGUGAUGCGCCAGAUGCAGAUCGACCUGGGAAAUGAUACACGAAAGACCUGUGCUACCUGUGGCAUGGAAUAUAUCCCGUCCAAUACAGAGGAUGCGGCACUGCAUAAAAAGUUCCACGAGAUGAAUGCGACUGGGAUCGACCUGGGCAAGGCAUUUAUGCGUGCGAACGCCUCACGCUGGGUUUACGAAGCGACUCGAUUCGACGAGGGGUAUGUGGUAAUUGUGGACCGCAAGGCGUCGCCUAGCGCCAAGAGCCAGGCGAAGAAGGUUCUCGAAGUUGUCAAUAAAGAGCUCUCAUCACCGGAAAUCGAUGACGAGACCCUCUGGAGUCAAACGGAACCACCCAAACAUUUGCAGGAUGGUCCGACCGAGAAAGUAGAUCGCUACCGGGUCUUUCUACACAUGAAGGACAGCCGCUGUGUCGGGCUCUGUCUGACCGAGCGCAUCUGGGAAUCGCGACCGGUGGUAAAGGAAUCAAAUGGCGACGCGCAUAACGGCUCCUCUGUCUCGACGCGAGAUGAAAUCCGCCCGGCCAUUGUCGGUGUCUCUCGCAUCUGGACUUCCGGAUCUUCACGACGAAAGGGAAUCGCUUUAGAUCUCCUCGACUGCGUGGUCAUCAACUUUAUUUACGGGAUGGAAAUAACAAAGGGUCAAAUUGCAUUCAGCCAGCCCACGGAGAGUGGCAAUCGCCUGGCACAUAAGUUUUUCGAGGGUGAAGAGACAUGGCAUGUCUAUAACGAACGAAAUCCGGGCAAUCCCGCAGAUCCAUUGCCUACCAACUCGGGCACCUCUGUCCCUUUUGCGCCCUCCAAGCCUUUAUCCACUCCACCUAUAGCCCUGAACGGUCACCCCGGGAAGUCGUCCGUAUCGCUUGAACGCGAGGUAGAUGACUCGAGCUCCUCGGACGAAGAGACAAACCCAUUCAAUCUGGUGGUGUCUGCGACCGAUAGUGAGGAGGAAAUCAAUCGGUACAAGAGCCCAGCUCCCCAUGAGGAUGAUCGACCAGAAUAUCUUGGGUCAGCUCCACACCAAGCUCCAUCAGCAGAUGGAUCCCCAAUAUCACCCGACCACAACAUGCGGUCUGCAACAGCUGCAGAUAGCUCCUAUGCAGGACGUCCUGCAGCACGAUUGUCUUUAGAGCUUAACGCAAGCAGCUCCCUCGGCCGCACCAAAGACAAGAAGCCGCCGCCUCCGCCUAGGAGUCAUCACGGCCGCAGAAUCGGCUCUACAGCCACCGCGGAAUCCUCUCAGACCGCCCGGUCUCGGUCUGCUAAUCGCUUGUCAAUCCAUGGCUCCUCUGGGAAUGUGACGCCCGGUGCCUCCCAUCCCAGCUCAGUGUCUCUAUCAGCGGCGGCGGACUAUUUCUCGGCCCCCGGAGCGACAGGGUCGACGGACUCGCUUCAACGCAGCCAGUCUCAGCAUAAGCGUCCUCCGACGCCACCUCUCAGUCGACGGCACAGCCAGAUGCGGAGAUCCAAGUCUACACAGUCCAAAACUAGUAGCAGAUUAAAUAUUUCUUACGACUCGGAGAGCAAUGAUAGCUCUCAGCCUCCCAGUCCGGGCCCUUCCAGUCGGGCUAUGGCAAACAAGAGAAUUAGCAUGCCUCCCCCAUCAUCGGGAGACUUCCAGGCGACUGCUCCGUUGGGAGAUACCUCGUUGAACCUGUCUCCCCCACUAACUCCAGACCAUCAUCACUGA